AAGAGGAUUUUUGUUUUCAUUAUCAGUAUCGAGACUGCAAGUUGUGUCCAUUACGUUAAAUAAUAAUAUAAUAUUCGUUAUAUUAGAUAAAGUAUGGCUGCAGCUGAAGAUUUAUGGCGUGAAUGUGCUGCAUGGCUUACUCGUUGUAAAGUAAUUCCAGUCGAUCAUAAGGCAAACCAACCUGAAUCUGAAAUAAAGACGUUAGCUGUAAUCUUACGCGAUGGCGUUCUACUGUGUAAUUUACUCAAUUUUCUGGAUUCUAGUCUUUUUGAUACAAAGGAUUUCAAUAGAAAGCCUCAGAUGGCACACUUUCUGUGCAUCCAAAACAUUAAAUUGUUUUUAGAGAUCUGUAAGUCAAAUUUUGGGCUGAAAGAUGCGGAUUUAUUUGAACCAACCAUGCUCUAUGAUUUAACCAAUUUCCACAAGGUUUUGUUGACAUUAUCGAAGUUAUCACAAACUCGGAAGGCUCAGACAGCGCAUAACAUCAUCGGCUUUAAUUCACAAGUGUUGCAAACUGAUAUAAACAGCUCUGAAGAGGAUAUAUAUAAAGGUUUACAUGUAACAACCAUAAGUCAUAUUAAUUGCAAUGGCCACGAUGAGCACGACACUAAAAUAGAAGAAGUUUACCAAGAUUUAUGUUCUAUUCAAAAUGUUACUAAAAACCAGAUUACCUCUGCAACUUUUGAGCAACGUGAUUUUGUUAUUAAGGAGUUGAUUGACACUGAGACAAAUUACUUGGAUGCUUUAAUGGCUUUAAAAUAUAAAUUCAUGCAACCGUUAGAAAAGAUCUUACCGAAAGAAGUAAUACGCUGUAUAUUUCCUUACAUAAAAGAAUUGGUCGAUAUCCACGAAAAAUUUCUUAAUAAUUUGCGGGAAACGCUACUACCGAAUUCAAAAAUAAAACUUAGCACCGUUUUUCUCGAAUUUCGUGAACCAUUUCUCCUUUAUGGAGAUUAUUGUUCCAGCAUGACUAGUGCAACUGACACACUGCGAGAUGUCUGCAAAAAAUCGAACAAUGUUGAAUUAAUCGUGAACCAAUGCCAAAAAGAACACAGUGGGGGAAGAUUGCAGUUACGUGAUAUUUUAUCUGUUCCUAUGCAAAGGAUCCUGAAAUAUCAUCUUUUGUUAGACAAAUUGGUGCAAGAGACGAAUCCGUCACAUGAUGACUUUCGAGGCCUCGAACGCGCCAAAGAAGCAAUGGUCGAUGUGGCACAAUAUUCUAAUGAAGUAAAACGUGACUCAGAACAUUUGGCAGUGAUUCAAAAAGUUGAGGAGAGCAUUUUGGAUUUAAAUUUACCAAAUGGAAAUAAUCUCGAGCAAUAUGGCAGAUUAUUAUUAGAUGGUGACCUGAAUAUAAAAGCACACGAGGAUCAGAAAACUAAGCAUCGUUAUGCAUUUGUAUUCGAAAAAGUAGUGAUAUUGGUGAAAAAUUCUAACGCAAAAAUCGGUGAAGGACAGUACGUAUUCCGUGAAGCGCACAAUUUACUAGAUUAUCGCGUGGAAAUCUGUCAUUCUCGAAGAACAUUAGGGAGAGAUGGGCGUCUAAAAUAUUCUCUCCUACUUGCAAAAAAAACACAAUCGACAGCUUUUACUUUAUAUAUGAAAACCGAAGAAGAAAGAGACAAAUGGAAGCGUGCUUUAGAUAUCGCCAUGGAUGUUAUAAACCCUAUCGGGUGUAGAAAUACUGACCAUAAGUUUGGAGUAUGUACGUUUGAAACACCAGUAAUAUGCAGACAUUGUUCCAAAUUUCUGAAGGGAAAAAUUCAUCAGGGUUACCGUUGUCGAAGUUGUGAUAUCAUCGUACACAAAGGGUGCAUCUCAUCCACUGGCAGAUGUAAACGUAAUCAGUCACCACCACCAGUUUCUGAUAGACUUCUAUCAGAAUUCAACUGGUUCGUUGGUUCAAUGGAUCGAGAUACAGCAACGAAUAAACUAGAGAGAAAAAAAAAUGGCACAUAUUUACUAAGGGUUCGUCCACAAGGUGCAUCAAAUUCUCAUGAAACCAUUUAUGCAUUGAGUUUAAAAACGGAUAACAAGAUAACUAAGCACAUGAAAAUCUACCACAAGCAGGAUAAUAUGAUACCUUUAUAUUAUCUUUCGACUAGGCGACACUUCAAAACCAUCGUAGAAUUAGUGUCGUUUUAUGAAAGGAACGACCUAGGAGAAAAUUUUGCCGGGUUGCAUCAAACUCUUCAAUGGCCUUUCAAAGAAGUAACAGCCACUGCAUUGUUCGAUUUUACGCCAUAUGAACCUAACCAACUGUCGCUAAGACAAGGGUGUCAUGUAAUAAUUAUUGGAAAAGAAGGGGAUAGUAAGGGAUGGUGGCGCGGAAAAGCAAUGGAUAAGGUUGGAUUCUUCCCUAAGGAGUAUGUGAGAGAAAAUCCUAUUAAUUCAGAUGACCAAUGACAUCACAUGCGGAAUACACUGUUAAAUGAUUUACCCCCAUUCAACCGGACGACUGGAAUUUAAAUCUACUUUGUUUCUGACUUCCUGUUUUGAUAAUUGAAAUGCAAUACGAGUAAUUAAGUUUUCAGUUCAGCCAGCAGUCUAAAACAGAACACUAGCGUGGCUGCAUCGUAGAAAACCUAAAACCAAAUGUUAUUCUAUUGUACAUCGUUUGCCAUCACUGCUUCAAUCGAGAACACAACGAACAUCCCAAUCCAUUUUGCAGUGCUAGAAAGCAAUUUUGUACAUUGUACACUAUUACUAUUCAUUGUUAGUGAGAAAUUACUAUGUUUUGUGUUCUUAAAAUAAAUUAAGUAACUAAU